GGGGAUCCUCUGCUUCUUUUCAAGUUUCUUCUUCUUGCCUCUUCUUCUGCUGCUGCUUCCUCGCCCCUCCUUCCACCUCGUCUGUGGUUGUUUUGUUUCGGUUCCCCCAAAUUAUCACCCUUUAUUUCUCCUCGCCAGGUCGCCCGGCCCACCCGUCACCAUUUCUACCCCGGGGAGGCAGCGCGUCCAGCCCCUGCAGCGGCUGAGCCUCGGGCGCAAAACUUUGGUGGCCGCGGCCAUCGGGGUGGUGAUGAUCCUGGUCUUGGUGGUCCUCAUCCCGGUGCUGGUCAAUUCGGUGGGCAUCGACGGGCACUACGAGAUGCUGGGCACGUGCCGCAUGGUCUGCGACCCCUACCUGGCCAAGACCACCAGCGCCAGCGCCAUCCGGACCGAGGCGGGAGAGACCCUCGCCAGCAGCGGCCACGCCGGGCUCCCCGCGCCCUCCACGCUGGUGCAAGGGCCGCAAGGCAAGCCCGGGAGGCCGGGGAAACCCGGGCCGCCGGGGCCUCCGGGUGAACCGGGCCCACCGGGGGCCAUGGGGCCCCCGGGGGAGAAAGGGGACCCCGGGAAACCGGGCCCCCCUGGCUUGCCCGGGCCGGGCCUGGGCAACGGGGCCAUCAGCACGGCCACCUACACCACGGUGCCCCGCGUGGCUUUUUACGCAGGCCUCAAGAACCCGCACGAGGGCUACGAGAUCCUUAAAUUCGACGACGUGGUGACCAACCUGGGCAACAACUACGAGGCCACCACGGGCAAGUUCACGUGCAACAUCCCCGGCACCUAUUUCUUCACCUACCACGUCUUGAUGCGCGGAGGCGACGGCACCAGCAUGUGGGCGGACCUGUGCAAGAACGGACAGGUGCGGGCCAGCGCCAUCGCGCAGGAUGCGGAUCAGAACUACGACUACGCCAGCAACAGUGUCAUCCUUCACCUGGAUGCCGGCGACGAGGUCUUCAUCAAGCUGGACGGAGGCAAAGCCCACGGAGGGAACAACAACAAAUAUAGCACCUUCUCAGGCUUCAUCAUCUACUCGGACUGAGGGCUGCGAGCAGCAGCAGCCAUACUAGUUCCCGGCCACCUGGAUUUCUCUCUAUGUGUCAGCUGCAAAGUCAGCUGCAAAACUCACAUCCACCGACAUCUUCGCACGCUGUCCGUCUCCCCGCCGCCAAGGUGCAGGGAUGCGGUGGUUGGAUCCUGUUGCCCUUUUCCCCGCCCCCCCCCGGGGGCAUUGCGGAGGAACAACAGAUGAGUCAAGCCAACCACCGUUCCCACCCCUAAUUUUCCUUCCAUGCAUUUCCAGGAGCAUCACAAUUCGCGAAGCCUUCUAAGGUUGUCUCCGUAAUUUUUUUGGAAAGAAAGCGAAGGGACUCGGAUGGGGCUUGGGGAAGGGUCCGGAGAACUUAUCAUCUUGCCACUUUCCAGCACAUUUUCCUCUCCGUAAGCAUAGGGGUUGUCGAGACUCAAGAUUAAAAAGCGGAGGUCAGGAUUCGAACUCCAAUCUUCAGAUCUGCAUGCCCACAUUUCAAAUUUGGAUUCGAGUACGUACUACAAUUGGGACAGAUUUCUGUCUUGUGCGUGUCUGCACCUAGAUGUUUAAAACACACGAACCAUUUUUUUUAAUAUGGAAGAAAUUUGAGACUGGGGGGGGACGACAAAAUUAAUGUUUAAAUUUCAAACUGGGGAAAAGUCAACAAUGACAUCGCCCUAAUUUCAAACUUGGUGUGAACUGGUGGGGACCUCCUUUAGGUGUAUUCCAGAUUGUUUCAGAAGCUGUUGAGCCAUGUAUACAUGAAUACAAAGUAUAGCCAAA